AUGUUGUUCGAUCAAUCGAAUGGAUACCUUGUUGAUGACAAUUUAGUGAUUGGAGCUGAAGUUCUUGUCAUCAAAAGACUCCCAGUCAUCGAGAAUGUUGCUCUCUUCAAACCGACAGAAAAUUCACAAAAACGCGAUUGGAAUAUUCAAGAAUUUUCUAAAUUGGAACAAAAUGUUUGGAUUUCUGAAGAAUUUACCAUCACGAAUGUCAAUUGGAAAAUGAAGUUAUACCCAAAUAUAGAUUCCAAUUCAGAGGGUAGUGGAUUGUCAAUGGAUUUGGUGUGUGCAAGUGCCGAUACAUUUGAUGUUCAUCAAAAAGUAAAGGCUGAGUUUUGUAUGCGCCUAAAAGUUUCUCAUUGGUUUACAUCUUUGGAUAAAAUAUGUGGACAAAAGGCAUUCUUAAGCUUUGCUACCGUUCGUAAUCCCGAAAAUGGUUUUCUUGUUGGUGAUUCUUGCACUCUACAAAUAGAAAUUUAUGUGCAACUUGUUGUGUGA